AAAGAGUUACAUUAUUUCUAACAUCGACGCAGCAGCCCGUGUAAUGUCAAGUACUCUUACCCUCUGUUUUCUGGAUGUUGAUAAACUUUUAUGUGUUUGACUAUACCUCUGUUCUGAUCAGGGUCAACCCACAAUAACGACUUGCUAAUCUUAUUUUGUCUUGUUCUUCUGGACGCUAGCGAUCCUCUGUCACGAAAAUGCUAUUGAAACCAGCACUUUUACUAGGUUUAAUUAUGAGCCUCCAUUUCGCAUCAGGUACCUCCACGCCAGCAGCGAACAUUACCGAUCUAACCACAGACACGGCAAUGACCUUAACAUCUUCCGUUUCCUCUACCUCAGACAAUUCGACGCCUGAAGUAAGUUCGACCACUGCUGCCACAACAUUGAAAGAGACCGUAUCAUCCGACCUGACAACUGCAGGAAUGACUUCGUCCAGCGUGACUUCGGUGUCAGUGUCCAGCACAACAGCAUCCAACGUGUCAUUGACCUCGCAGUCCAGCACAACAGCAUCCAACGUGUCAUUGACCUCGGAGUCAGUGUCCAGCACAACAGCAUCCAACGUGUCAUUGACCUCGGAGUCCAGCACAACAGCAUCCAACGUGUCAUUGACCUCGGAGUCAGUGUCCAGCACAACAGCAUCCAACGUGUCAUUGACCUCGGAGCCAGUGUCCAGCACAACAGCAUCCAACGUGUCAUUGACCUCGGAGUCCAGCACAACAGCAUCCAACGUGUCAUUGACCUCGGAGUCAGUGUCCAGCACAACAGCAUCCAACGUGUCAUUGACCUCGGAGCCAGUGUCCAGCACAACAGCAUCCAACGUGUCAUUGACCACGGAGUCAGUGUCCAGCACAACAGCAUCCAACGUGUCAUUGACCUCGGAGUCCAGCAUAACUGUUCCCAAUGUCACAUCGACCUCAUCAACGUCUUCCACCUCUUCGACCACAACCGUUAAAAAUCCUGGUAACUCGGUAACAGUCAACCCCUUGGUCCCCCUAUUGACAUUUGUUUUAAGUUAUCAUCUUAUGAAAUUGAGAUAAUUCAUCUGAUAAAUAUUUCAGAUAAAUCAUCAAGGUUUUUUUUUGGUAUAAACAUCAACAACAAUAAAAUAUAGAAUAUCUUCUCAUCUUUUAUAUAUGUUUGUGAAGUCUGGAAUAAUCUUGAAAACAAUACCAUUAAGCUGUUGAUGAACUAAAAACUUAAAAGCUAAUUUACAAAGGAAUCAAAGAAUGACGAAGUAACUAUCAAUAUUGAAAUACGACUAUACGCCUAUUCAAGUGUGAUAUUUAUGUGUUUUUAUUCUUUGUGCUUUCUACACUCUUCGGUCAAUGUUUUGUUGGGUUUUUUUUUUUUGGAGAUUUUUGGAGAAAAUAGCAACAAAAUGUUUGUAGUGCAAUUUUAAAUUAAAUUUACUUUCUAUGUCAAACUUGUUUUCAAAACGUUUUAGAGCCUAAUAUGUAUCCUAAAUAUCAGGUUAAAUAAUAAACCAUCAAAUAGGCUAGAUACUGUAUUUUCGCUCAUAUAAGCCACGGUUUAUGCAAGAUUUAAAAAAAAAAAGUGGUUUACACAAUGUUUUUAACUCAUAAACAGAGCAUAACGAAAACUAUGGACAUACCUGAGGGUCUUUAGACCUCCUAGAGUUCGCUGUGUGGUUGUGUAAUGUACAUUUUUUUUGUUUGAUGUAAUGCACAAAUUGUAAGACAAAUUUCCAUACGGACAAUAAAGAUUAUUAUUAUUAUUA